ACUGGACAGGUUCGCAACGACGAAUAACCGACGAACUUUUUGGGAUGCCCCUUUCCAGAAGGACGUGGACCAGGGUUCGGUGCGCGAGGACCAGAGGUUCUUCAGCUGCGUGGUCGUCUGCCGUCGGGCGUCGUCGAGGUUGUGCCGCCUCUGCAAACUCGCGAGCAAAUGGCCCCAGAAGUUCCCGGGCUGGUUCACCACGAGCUCGCCGACCGACGAGACCUCCAGCGAGCCGGACGCCGGGGGUGACCAGCCGGGGUCAGUCGUGUUCCCAGACACGCUGCCCGACGGCACUCAGGACGCCAUGCUGGAGACGGCGUCUCACAUCCUGUCCAUCGUGUCCGGCGAGGGCUCGGAGCAGAUCCGCAUCUGGCUGGAGAACCCCGAGCGAAACGGCGACAACCUGGACCGCCUGGCCGGCAAGCUGGCGUCCUUCCCCCGCGCGCCGUACGGCCGCGCCUACUGGCGUCUCGUGCUGCGCUCCUCCAGGGACCGGCCCUUCACGCUGCUGCGGGAGUCGCUGGCCCUCCGCAAGGCCUUCCAGCUGUCCGGCGCCGACCCGGGCCCCGGCUCCACCGCCCCCGCCCCCGGCCCCGCCCCCGGCAGCAAGCCCGCGGGCGGCGAGGAGACGACGAAGGAGGCCUCCUCCGAGGCGGGGAGCAGUCCUGAAGCAACGAGCACCGAGGCCGGCGCCGCCUCGGAGGCCGGCGGGGGGCGGAGGGGUAGGGGGCUGAGCGGGACCUCCACGAGCCCUUGGUCGUGAAUGAGCACGGGGAGGCGUCAAGAAAC